UGCCUAACCAUGCACUUCUCUUUUGAAAAGUUUUGAUUUCUUUGUUUUUAUAGUUGAGUAAUACUUAUAGCUCUCCUCUCUCUCUUCUUCUCUCUCCACUAUUGUAACGACCGCGGACUUGGAUUUUCCGGCAUUGACUCAUUUCGGAGCUGAUCUCUCAGGAGUAUUGAAAUUCAGUUACAAGCGAUUGAUGGGGUGAUUUUUCUCACAAAAAAGGGGUAAUUUGUUGGAUGAUUUAGCAGGGGAGGGGAUUUUCGAUACCCUGGGAGAAGGGAGCUGCUCAGAAUGGAAAUGUAUGGACUCCAUCGACACCUAAUAAGCCGGUUAUGCAGAGUUCUAACAAUGCCCGGUCUGGUAUAUAGCUUGGGCAACAAAAUUGGAUCAAUUUGAUGGAUAUGUAUGAUGAAUUUUGUCUGAGUAAGCAGCCUCGUGGUUUUGAUCUGAACAGAAGUGAAGGUCCAAGCUACAAAGAUCAGAACACUUGGAUGAUGGAGCAGGGGAGGGGAUCUUCAGUGCCAUGGGAGAAGGGAGUUACACUGAAUGGAAGUAUAUGGAUUCCAUCGACACCGGACAAAAUGGUUCUGCAGAGUUCUAAUAAUGCCCGGCCUGAAAUGAAACAGAAUCAGAUUGGCCAACAUACUUGGCACAACAUGGUAGAUGUGUAUGAACAUCUUUUGCGGGAUCAGCAACCUCCUCGUUUCGAUCUGAACAGGAUGGAAGCUCCAAGCUACACAGAGUAUAACCACGAAGGUGUUCCUCCAGCUGGAAACUAUAGCAGGCCGCACCAGAAUUUGCCUCCAACUACGAAUUUGGGGAUGAAUGGCAAAGUGCAGAUUAGUCAAGAUGCUGCUCCCGUUGAAGCCUAUAAUUGGUUUCCAUUGAACUCUGACCAAAAUAACUGCGUAGGGGUGAAUCAGAAUGCAGGAGGAAAUGGCUCUAAUUUGCAGAAUAUAGGUGAAGUUGUUACCCGUCAGGAGGUUAGUUCAUUCGCAGACUUAAUGUGCAUCAUGAAUGCUAAGGAUUCCCCUUCACCGAAUGGAUUGCCAUAUAGAAGCUCUGUUUUGGAGGGCAAGCCUGCCAUCCCUUGUCCUGUUUCUCAAGUUGAAAGCAAUCACCUUUAUGCACCAUUUGGUGCUGGACCAGAGCAAAAUCACAUUUUCCUAGGGAGCAAUCAUGUGGGUUGCGCUUCAGUUGGCGUGAGUGCCCAAAGGAAUCACGUUUUGCAUGAAAGCAAUCACGUGGCUUAUGCAAUGGUUGGUGCCGGAUUCCCGCAGAGUCACAUUUAUUGUGGAAGCCAUGAUGGUGGUGGUUACAACCAACAAGAGAUUCCACAAAGUAGACCUUCAGUAGCCAAAUCAGCGCUCAGAUUGACUCAACCCUCAAGCACUUUGGGGUCCUUGCCAUUAGGGCUGUUAACACCAGACCAACAAAAUCAGUUCAAGACUCACCAGAUCGUUCAAGUGCCACAUUUGUUGCAAGAAGGCACAUUAACUCCAGAAAAAUAUAUCCCCGGAAAUUUAGUCGUUUCUUCACAGCCUGAAAUUAUUGAGGAAGAGCGUGGUGACAUUAUAGAUAAAUCUAUGGGUAAAUCUACUGAAGCAGUUUUAAGAUCUCCCCAGGAGAUGAAAUGUUCUGAUGGUGGAAAUGGAGGAAUUGAUCUGAACAAGACACCACAGCAGAAAACACCAAAAAGAACGAAACACCGACCAAAGGUAGUGGUUGAAGGGAAACCCAAACGGUCACCAAAGCUUGCUUCUACAAAAAGCAGUACUCCUAAUGGUAAUCUUUCAGCCAAAAGGAAGUACGGGUCAAACAAUGGCACUAAAGACUCAACUCCUCCAAUGGCUGAUACAGUGAAAGUAGCUGAAGCAUCUGGCAUGGGGCCUGCGAUGAAGUUGACCAAGAGAAAAUUAAACUUCAACACGGAGAUUGUUGGAGACAAUAGAGCACAAGAGGAAUGCCAGGGUAGUCAACUUGGCCACCAGGAGCAGAAUAAUGAGCAGCAUAAGCUUCGCAAGGAUUCAAGUGGACCGUCAACUUCUGCAGCUAAGGCAGGUUGCAGCAACACACUUGAAAGAAAGGGACAACAGACACCGACUCCCUACCAAUUUGCUCAGUCACUAAACAGAAUACCUUCUCAAGAAUUACCCAUCCUGGGAUCUGGAGCUCCACCGCCUACAUCUAGAGACCAUAGCUUGAAUGCUAUAGCGAGAAGUUUCAGUAUGCGAAAUGCCAGCAUAUGCCAGUCCGACAGCGUUAGUAGGUACAAUCAGUUACAUCAUCACAUUAGGGAAGGCCAUGGCCAUAUUGCCUUUCAAGCAAAUCCUUCCGAGCAAAUCUUGGGCUUCGGAGCACAAUCAUCUGUGCAGACUAUGCCUCAAGUUGUGGAGGAUUUGAUAGAUGUAACUGAUAAACAAGGAACCAAGAGAGCAUAUAAGCCUACUGUAAUUGGGAGUCCACAAAAUAUGGUCUUCGUGGGUUCGCAACUCCAGUUUCAAGGUUUACAUGAACGACAAACUGGUUCAAGAGCAUAUGGUGAAAAAAAUGCUGAGGAUGAUAAUGGUAGGUCACUCAGUAGGCAUUCUGGCUUUACAACUGCUGAAAGAAUUGUUCAAGAAAUUGUAAGCAGAAGGAAUAAGAGUUUCCUGGCGCAAAUAUCAACAGAGCCUCAGAAUGAUGAAUCAAGAAAUUCUGAUUGUAGAAGGCAGAUCAUUAAUCGAAAUGAUAAUCCCACCAAUGUCAUUUGUGAUCGGUACAUGAACUACUCCGAUAUCAGGAAUAACAUUCAGCAACACCAUGCUUUAUCUCAAGUGCAUCUACAUUCAGAAAUAAUGCUACCAAAGACAACCGACAACAUUGCUGAUAAGCAAAUCACCAAACCCAUCACUGAAGGGAUAAACAGGAAGGAGCCCUUUGUGGGAAAAGUUCACCAGCAAGAUCCUCAAAAAAGGAAAAGUUAUGGGAAAUCCCCCAAGAAGGUUGCAGGGAACACAGUAGAAGUGUAUUCCACUGUGGAUGAUAUAACCAAUGGCAUGAGGCAUCUUCACCUCACUAACAGCGGCAAAGAAUUGGUUUGGAAAGAGCAAAGUGCACUUGUUCCAUACAAAGGAGAUGGUGCUGUCGUUCCAUAUGAUCCUGUCAAAAAGAAGACACCAAGGCCUAAAGUAGACCUUGAUCCAGAGACAAAUAGGCUGUGGAACCUUUUAAUGGGUAAGGAGGGAGGCGAAGUUCCAGAAACAAUGGACACCAAUAGAGAAAAAUGGUGGGAAGAAGAAAGGAAAGUAUUCCGGGGUCGAGUGGACUCAUUUAUUGCACGAAUGCAUCUAGUCCAAGGGGACAGGCGAUUCUCCAAGUGGAAAGGGUCAGUGGUUGAUUCGGUGAUAGGAGUAUUUCUUACACAAAAUGUUUCAGAUCAUCUUUCAAGCUCUGCUUUUAUGAAUCUUGCAGCCAAAUUCCCUUUAAAAUCAGAAACUGCUAGAGAACCAUAUUGUGAAUGUAGUGGAAGUCCAGCAGUUGGAAAGCAUGAGGUUCGCAUAACAUAUCCAGAUGGAACAACUUAUCAUCAAAAAAUGGCAAUGGAACCAGUGUCUGACCAUAGUCAAGUAACAUCAACUGAAACAUCCACACAUAGAACCAACAGUCCAGAAAAAAAGACUUCUCCGGUUAGCAAUCAUUAUACCAGGAGAGCCGAGGAAGAUAUCAUUUCAUCACAAAGUUCCUCUGAAUCCGUUGUUUUUCAAACUACCGAAGAUGUUAGAUCCAGCUCUGCCUCAAAUUCAGACUCCGAAUGUGGGUGGAAUAUUAGCAAAAAAGUUGGCCAUCAAAGUGUUUCCCAACAGGAUGAAGGAAUUGCAGCAUUGCAGCAAAGUAAGUCCUACCUCCGAGAUAGUUUAUAUAUAAGUAAGACAAAUGUGAUUGACCAUCAGGAAUUUGAAAAACCAGAACACACGCAAAGUCCAGGGCGGGUUGACAUCUCUGAAGCCCAACACCAGCAGAGCUCUCUUCACCCAUUGCCCAAUUCAUGGACAAACAUGUUGAUGGGGAUAGGAAACUGGGAAGCAGAAGAUCUUACAUUCUUGGGAAGUGAAAACGUAUCUAAUUUGACUUCAAAAGAUUCAAAAGGAACUGAUGCACAAUGCAUGGAUGAUUACGUAGGUCAGAGUGCAGAAGGUCCUUUUAUGGUCUCAGAAGAUGGAAGAUCCAAAUAUCAACCAUCAUCUGUUAACCAUGCAGAUCUAAGAAAGAGCCUUGAGUUGCGAAAUGAUUUUCCAGAUGAGUCUUGUAACAGGAAUCCUCAACAUUCUGUCAAGCAUAGUAGUGAAGAGCAAGGUGCUUUUCAUUCGAAAGGCACAGUUCAGAAGGAUUCCGGAAGACCCGUUGAAGCACUCAGUAAACAGCCAAGUGAUGAUAGGAAAUGGGCGGAAGUUGAACCCGGUAUGGAGCAAGGACAAUCUUCUAACAACCAACCCAGUAAUACCGGUGUCGCAACACCAAAUGCAAGAAAGCGGAAGGCUGAGAAGGAAAAGGCUGGUCCAUUUAACUGGGAUACGUUGAGGAAACAAGUGCAGUCGAAGGAUGGGACAGCAGGAAGCAGCAGAAAAGCUAUGGACUCUCUAGACUACGAAGCAAUGCGAAAUGCUGAUGUUCAUGAGAUCUCCGAGGCAAUCAAGGAAAGGGGUAUGAGCAACAUUCUAGCGGAGAGAAUGAAGAGCUUUCUUAACCACUUGGUUGAAGAUCAUGAAAGAAUUGAUCUUGAAUGGUUGAGAGAUGUUGAACCAGCCAAAGCCAAGGACUAUUUAUUAAGUAUACGAGGGCUAGGACUAAAAAGUGUGGAGUGCAUACGGCUUUUAACUCUUCAUCAUCUUGCUUUCCCUGUUGACACAAAUGUUGGGCGUAUUGCUGUUCGACUUGGGUGGGUUCCUCUACAACCCCUUCCCGAGCAACUCCAGUUGCAUCUCCUUGAACUUUAUCCUAUUCUGGAAACAGUUCAGAAAUAUAUUUGGCCAAGACUCUGCAAGCUGGAUCAGGAAACACUGUAUGAGCUACACUAUCAAAUGAUUACAUUUGGAAAGGUUUUCUGCACAAAGAGGGAUCCGAACUGUAAUGCCUGUCCACUGAGAGGAGAAUGUCGACAUUUUGCCAGUGCUUUUGCAAGUGCAAGGCUUGCUCUUCCAGUGCCGGAAGAGAGACAUAUAGUACGUUCAGCUGCUCCCAUAAGUGAUACUAAUAAUAGCGGUAACGUUAUAAUAAAGCAUAUGGCACUGCCACCAUCUGAGGAUACCAUAGAUCAAGGAGUGAGGUUGUCAAGGGAUUGCGAACCGUUAAUCGAGGAACCAGCAACCCCAGAGCCAGAGCCACCUGCCGAAGUUGAAGAUAUUGAGGAUACAUUUUAUGACGAUUCGGAUUCAGAAGAAAUCCCAGUCAUAAAGCUCAAUAUUGAAGAAUUCACUACAAAUCUACAGAGCUUUUUACAAGGGAAGAUUGAAAUUGGAGAAGGUGAUAUGUCCAAAGCUCUAGUUGCCUUAAAUCCACAAUUUGCUUCCAUACCAGCACCGAAACUAAAGCACGCCAGUCGACUGCGGACAGAGCACCAAGUCUACGAACUUCCGGAUUCACAUCCUCUACUCAAAGAGAUGGAUAGACGAGAGCCUGAUGAUCCAAGUCCAUAUCUACUAGCAAUAUGGACCCCGGGUGAGACGCCAGAUUCUGUUCAACCCCCAGAAGCUAAAUGUAGUUCUGCGGUAGCAGCAGGUGGUCUGUGCACCAACAAGACAUGCUUUUCAUGCAACAGCACAAGAGAAGCACAGUCUCAGACCGUAAGAGGCACAAUUCUGAUACCUUGCAGAACAGCAAUGAGAGGGAGUUUCCCGCUCAAUGGCACAUAUUUCCAAGUCAAUGAGGUAUUCGCCGACCAUGAAUCUAGUUUGAGUCCUAUAGAUGUGCCAAGAAGUCUGAUAUGGAACCUUCCAAAACGGACCGUAUUCUUUGGGACGUCUGUCUCAUCAAUUUUCAAAGGCCUGUCAACCGAAGAUAUCCAGUUCUGCUUUUGGAAAGGAUUAGUGUGUGUCAGAGGAUUUGACCAAAAAUCACGAGCACCACGACCUCUGAAGGCCAGAUUGCAUUUCCCAGCAAGUAAGAAGGAAACAUAAACUGAUAAAAGAGUACAUGCCCUCACCGAGAAGUAGGAUAACAGUAGACUGUGCUAACAAUUCAUUAACAUUCAUCUCUCCUCUCCUCUUCUCCUAUGAGCUGCCAAUAACCUAUUCUUUCACCGGUUUCAUGGAUCUUGCCGUGUAACAAGUAAGCCUCUCUGCUGCUCAAUGUGAUAGGCCAUUCGUCGAUACAAGUGGCAUGUACUCUCUAUAAAGCUGUAAUUCUUUCAUAGGUCAGUUCUGUUCAUAAUUUAUGCUCACCUCCUGUCAAUGAUAGAGAGGAAGAGCAGUGGAAUAAAUGUAGUUUACUGGUAUAUCAGAUGUGUCUGUGCAUCUGUCACAAACUUGUGUCUUGUUGUAGUGUCAAGAGACAUACUAUUGAUGUGUACUUUCUCAUAUAUGUUGUAAACAUUCUUUUAAUGCAUAAUAAACUACAGAUUUAAGAUUA